GUCGACGACAAGUAACAAUAAGGUCUGCCCUCACAUUUCUUAGAGAAUUGAUUUGUGCGAGACAUUUGGUAGCGAGAGAGAGAAUUAAAUUCUCUGGCAUUAUUCUUCAUUUCUAAUUAGUGGUGGUAGUAGUAAAAUAGAAACAGACACAUUAGGAUGUCGCCUCAAUUAAAUUCAUCUCCCUCAUCAUCACCGCCAUUCAAUAUUAAUCUGAUGAGGCGGAAAGAUGAAACAUCACGAUAUAAUAACUUUCUAAUUUUCAUUACCUUUAUAAUAAUAUUAUUGUACAUACUUCCUCAAAAUGCUUAUUCAUUCUCACUAGAUUUUAGAAAUCUACAACAACCAUCAUCUAGAAAUAUUAAAUUGGUACCUGAAGGCAUAAUUAAUGGAAACCCUGUUAUUGUGCGAGGGACAGGGCAGAAACUGUAUAUUGUUCAAAUCAAUGGAACUGCAACAAGUGAUAGAGAACUGAGGUUUGGAGUCACCAUUCCUUUCCCUUCCAACCUAACAAAAGAGAACUUUAGAGUGGUAUUGAGCAGUGAUCCAUCAGUUUCGGAAGAUGAUGUGAGGAGGUUCCCUCUAGUUGCAAACAUUAAUUAUGAAGGAGAAUAUGAAACGAGUGUAAUAUACACUUAUUCACCUUACUAUCCUAGGCCCCUCUUUUUUAUAGUUGUGGAAAGUCAAUUACCUCCUGGAAUGGAGAGUCGAAUAAUAUUCCAUUAUGAAGUUUUAGAUUAUGUAGAUUAUGGAGAUUUUGAAUCGGUCAUUUUCCCAAUUCUAAUCAUUUGUGGAUUGCUAAUUCUUCUAGUAAUGGCUUCAGCAUGUUUUUGGGGAAUGGUUAAGAGAAUGAGAGACAGGGCAAGAAUAGUCUCUGAGCAAAUGGAAAUGGAAGCCAAAACUCUCAUUGAACUCAAUAGACACCAUCAACAACGGACGCCAAUUGCCAAUCAUGUUCAUGUUCGCCAAGAACGAGACAAUCGAGUAUUGAACACCAUUGAUCCACCAAAACAAGAUGAAAUGAAUAUGAGACCAGAGGGAAUUGUAGAAAAGCAAAUUCCUAUUAAAUCUCAACAAGUAGAAUUACAUGCCGAUUCUGAUGCUGUGACCUAUGUUAGACUUAAUAGACCUCCAGUUCAAGAGGAAAUUCAUCUAGCUCAGCAACAGCCAAUCCCUCUUCCAAACGAAGAAUCAAAUGCUGAUACUCAAAACCAUGUUCUCAUUCCUCCUCCAAUUUUCAAUCCAACUCCAGUACCAGGUUUUCCUGGCUUGUAUGCUACCACCACUACUACUACCACUGUUCUCCUUCCACAAGUUACUGAGCCAACCAUGCCAACCUCAGCUGAGGUUGAUUCGGAUAGCUCAGAAUCCAACGAUCAUUGAAAUAAUUAUUAUAAUAAACAUUGU